AUGGCAGGCUGUGAAAAAAAGGUGUUCUUCAGAUCUGUCCACGCAGCACAGAUGUCCUCCUCCAUGUCAGAGUGGCUGGUGGAUUUCGCUAACGAGGCUAACAAGGGGACGCCUCCAGAAAGGUUACGUGCCAUUCUGUUGAUUCACAAGUUUGUCCUUCAUGAAAAUAUUUUCUUUUUAUCUUUAGAGGGAUCAGAUGAUCGCUAUUUCGAGGCCAUAGUUGGGGUUGUCAUUGCUGUGGUGGUUCUGGUCCUACUCCUCCUCCUGGCCAUCAUUCUGCGAUACAUGUACAAGCACAAGGGCACAUAUCAUACCAAGGAGGCCAAGGGCACAGAGUUUGCAGAAACAGAGGAUGCUGCUCUUCGUAGAAACCCAGUACUGCAGGACACCAUCGAUGAGAGCAAGAAAGAGUACUUUAUUUGAGACAAUAUAUCCCUUUAUAGGCAUCAUAUAUGCAUCAAACUUCCACAGGCUAAAAUAAUGCCUGAAUUGUUCAUUUCAUCCUGUUCAUUUGAGCAGCAUCUUAUCUGACUCUGAGUUUCCGAAAAACAGAAA